AUGCACUUCAAACUCCAGACGGCCUUGGGGUGGCUCGUACACACCGCACCGCUCCUAGCCAGCGCUGUCUCUUUGCAGCAGGUCACGUCGGAUUUCGGCUCCAACCCCAGGAACGUGGGCUUCUACAUCUACGUGCCCGACAAGCUCGCCGCCAACCCACCCAUCCUGGUGAACCCCCACGCGUGCCACGGAAGCGCACAGAACGCCUAUACCGGAUCGCAAUAUGCGACUUUAGCCAGCCAAUACGGCUUCAUCGUUAUCUAUCCCGACAGCCCGAAUACCGCCGACAAGUGCUGGGACGUGUCGUCCAGCGACACCUUGACGCACAAUGCGGGCGGCGACAGUCUCGGCAUCGCCAGCAUGGUUCGAUGGACACUGAGCAAGUACAAUGGAGACGCGAGCCGUGUCUUCGUCACGGGGACAUCUUCCGGCGCCAUGAUGACCAGCGUCCUCAUCGGAGCCUACCCCGACAUGUUCGCUGCCGGGUCCGCGUUCUCAGGUGUGCCUUUCGGGUGCUUCGCAGGCAAUGGGUACGGCGUGUGGAGCGACGCAUGCGCCACCGGCAAGAUCACGCACACGGGGCCUGAGUGGGCGGCUUUGGUUGAGGCCGCGUACCCCGGGUAUACGGGGUGGCGCCCAAAGAUGAUGAUUCUCCACGGCGACCAGGACGAGACUCUGAACUUCACGGACUUCGGCGAGGAGAUUAAGCAGUGGACGUCGGUUUUCGGGAUCAGUGACACGCCCACCAGCACCACUUCUAACACGCCUGUUAGUAACUGGACGAAGUAUGUGUAUGGCAAUGACGACUGGUUCGAAGCCUACAGAGCCGGAGGGGUACCGCAUAACAUCCCGAACCAGGAGUCGCUAGUCAUGAACUGGUUCGGCCUUACAUGUACCUCAGGAGACUGCUUCAAAUGGGGGCAGGGCCAAGGCUAG